UAGAUUAAACUGUAAUAUUGUUACUAAUAUUUCACCACAAUUUCACUGCAAAGCAUUUUGUCACAAAUUUGUCUUUCUUAGUAUUAGAAAAUUUUUGUCAUUGUUGUUCCUUAGUGAGGGUUUAAAGGGUUGAUUUGUUUAGUAUUAGAAAAAAUUUGAAGAGAAAGCUGAAAAGAAUCUUGAUUUCCUUGUGUUAUCCUCGAAAACUACUUAUGAUUCUAGUGAGAAAUACAAAAGAAUACGAUUGUGAUUUCCAUUUUGAUUCGAGGCUGAAACAUUCAUAGAGUUAAGGGAAAGGAAAAGCGAGAAAUGGGAUGUUCGACAUCGAAGCUAGACGAUGAAGAGGCAGUUCAGCUUUGUAAAGAUAGAAAGCGAUUCAUCAAACAGGCAUUAGAGCAAAGAACCAGAUUCGCCUCCGGACACCUAGCUUAUAUCCAAUCCUUGAAAAGAGUGUCUGCUGCUCUUCGCGAAUAUGUGGAGGGAGAUGAACCGCGGGAGUUCAUGCUAGAUUCAUUUAUAACUCCUCCAUAUACACCAGUGAAGAAAAUAAGUAAUGGUUUCAUCUCAAUUUCACCAAAAUCCAUCUCACCAGCGCAAAUUGAGUCGCGCUCCAACUCAACUUUGAAGGUGAAUUACUUAAGGUCAGGUGGGAAUCCAGCAGUUUCAGUUGAAGAGAGGCCUCCAUCACCAGAAACAGUCCGAGUCGAAGCUUACUCUCCAAUGCGCCAGUACGGGUAUGAUGGAUUUUUUGGAAUGCAACAAUCACCGCUGAGUUCUUCAUUCUUCUCUUAUUCACCCAACAAUAGACCCAAUAUCCCUCCUCCGUCGCCUCAAAAUUCACAAUGGGAUUUCUUUUGGAACCCAUUUUCAUCCUUGGACAACUAUGGCUACCCCAACCGAAGCAGUCUCAAUCAAACAACCAUUGAAGAUGAGAUCAGAGGACUAAGGCAGGUUCGAGAAGAAGAAGGGAUUCCGGAUUUGGAAGAAGAUGAAACUGAGCAAGAAGAAUGUGAGAGUAAUGCACGUGUAAGAGAAGAAAGAGCUAAAACUCAUACACAUUGCUCAAGAGAAGAAGUUCUUGUAGAAGAUGUCGAUGAGGAGGAUGAGGAUGAGGAAGGGGAAACAGAUAGCGAAACUGAUGCAGAGCAUGAAGUGGAAGGGUUACAAUCCCAUGGUAGAACAAACAUAGAUAUAUCACGGGCUCAAAUGGCUGGGAAAGUUGAAGUUAGUAAACAAGAAAUGGCAGUUGGUGAUCGACAAUCUAAGGAAGAGACACCAGGUUUUACUGUUUAUGUAAACCGAAGGCCAACAAGCAUGUCAGAAGUAAUCAAGGACCUUGAAGAUCAAUUCACAGUUGUUUGCAAUGCAGCAAAUGAAGUCUCGACAUUGCUAGAGGCUAGCAGAGCCCAGUACACGACAAAAUCAAAUGAACUCACAGCCAUGAAAAUGUUGAAUCCCGUAGCUUUGAUACGGUCAGCUUCAUCUCGCUCAUCCUCAGCAAGAUUUUUUAUCAGUUCUUCCAGUUCAAAAGAUGAAGGUUAUGAAAGCAGUAGCGAUAUGUCCGAGGACUCCUGUAUGUUUUCUGGUAGCCAUCAAUCAACAUUGGACAGAUUGUAUGCUUGGGAAAAGAAACUCUAUGAGGAAGUCAGGUCUGGAGAAAAGGUUCGGAUUGCAUAUGAGAAGAAACUUCAGCAACUUAGAAAUCAGGAUGUGAAAGGAGAGGACCCCUCUGCUGUGGACAAAACAAGGGCAACAAUUAGAGAUUUGCAUACCCAGAUAACGGUUUCAAUACACUCAGUUGAAGCUAUUUCGAAGAGGAUUGAGACCUUAAGGGAUGAAGAAUUGCAGCCUCAACUUGUAGAACUGGUACAAGGGUUAGCAAAGAUGUGGAAAGUAAUGGCAGAGUGUCAUCAAUCACAAAAGCGAACCUUAGACGAAGCCAAGCUCUUGCUAGCAGGUACCCCGUCAAAACUUCAUGCAAAGAGGCACUCAUCCAUGCCAGUUACUGAUCCUCACCAGCUGGCCAGAUCAGCUGUCAAUCUUGAAACAGAGCUGAAGAAUUGGCGAGCCUGUUUUGAGUCAUGGAUCACUUCUCAGCGAUCUUAUGUGCAUGCGAUAUCUGGCUGGCUCCUGCGUUGCGUGAGGUGUGACGCUGAUAUGUCAAAAUUACCAUUUUCUCCUCGACGCUCCAGUGGAACUCUCCCAAUAUUUGGACUUUGCGUCCAAUGGUCAAGGUUUCUCGAUGCUAUUCGAGAGAUGCCAGUUCUUGAUGGAUUAGACUUUUUCGCAGCUGGGAUGGGGUCUCUCUAUGCACAACAGCUAAGAAAUGAUUCUCAUCGGGUUCCAGUCGGGUCAAAGAGAUUUGGAUCUGGGUUAUCAGAUGAAUCUGGUGGGAAUAUGGAAGUGGUGGAGUUCGGACAAGUAGAAGAUGUUAUGACUACAGAGAAACUCGCAGAAGUCGCCAUAAAGGUACUUUGUGCAGGAAUGUCAGUUGCAAUGACCUCACUGACUGAGUUUGCUGUCGGUUCUGCAAAUGGAUACACAGAACUUGUUGAUCAAUGGGAUAACACCAAGCGGCCGCAAGGUUCAGGUCAGGAGACAACAUAGUUUUUGAUAUUUUGUUAGGUAGUUUAACUAAAGGGUGUCAAUGUCGAUAUAAUUACAACUAUAACUUGUUAUGACAAGGUAGCAUAGAGUUCUAGAUGCCUCCAUUCUCGUGAUGCUUUGCUCCUUUCGGCUAAUAAGAUGACCAUUUUUAAAGGAAUCAGCCUAUCUAAAGCUCAACAAGAUGAAUGAGAAUGUGGUAAUGGUGAUCUUAA